UUUGCGCUUAUUUGGUCGACUCAUCAAUUGCAGCUUCCUUUCGUUAUUUUCCCCUUGUAACGAUCUCGGAUCUCGCCGUAUCUGUAGCAUCGACGUAGGUGUGUGGAUUUAACACAACACGCGAGAGUAGGUAAUUAAUACCUACUCUGUAUACGACUCGUAUCUAAUUGUAGAAAUUUCGAAUCCACAUUGCUGGAAAUUGGAAUAUUUCAGUGUGAUUAGUGUUGACAUUCUGGAUAGUUCACCUUCAAAGAUGACGCGACUUAAAAUAAAAUUAUUGUAUUGGGCUGCCGCAUUUCUUUUCACUUUGCAAACAUGCCAGGCUAAUAAAAUUCCACAAUUCGUUCCCCAAGGAUACCAUAUCGAUUUGUAUCCAGAUUUAGAUACUAAGAUCUUGAAAGGCAUGGUGAUUAUUAAUAUCGCCACAUAUGCCGAGCCUACCAAUAUAAUUGAAUUGGAUGCCGAUCCUUCCGUAUCCAUACAGUAUAAAUCUGUCAAGGUCAUCGAAUUGACCAAGAAUCCCAGAAAUGCUGAAAAUAGAACGAAAUAUGAAAUCACGGCCGUAGAAAGAGUCUUAUUUACUCCAGGAACUUUGAAAAUUCACCUUAAUGGAAAACUUCUGAGAGAUAUAACUUAUCAAGUUCGUAUCGGUUUUGAAACUACCCUGAGGAAUGAUACGGAAGAAACUGAGCCAUUUUAUUUGAAAACUUACGUAGACAAAACACAACAAUUGAGGAAAAUUUUUGUGAUGGAUUUGACAAGAAACGGUUGCUACAAAGCGUUCCCUUGCUUCAAUCAACCAGCCUAUAAGAGCUGGAUUGCUAUAUCUGUGAUUCGCAAGAGUAGCUUUUAUGCAUUUACAUCGGCACCUUUGAACCAUACUGAAUCAUUAACUCCUGAUAAUUCAUUGGUGCAAGAUUUCUUCUUGAGUACUCCACCUUUAUCAAUGAAAUCGUUGGCAUUGGUUGUAACGAAUUUGGUUAUACCGCAACCUGAAUCACUAUCUGCAUCAGAGAGAAGUAACGAAGCUGAUAAUCCCAUAAAAUACGAAGUUCCCGCAUAUGUGUUGAAAUCAGAAACUCUUCAAACUGUGAUUAAGACUUUGGAAGAACAUCUCUUAAUACCUUUUCCGCCAAAAAACUUCAAUUUGCUGGCAUACCCUAAAAUUACUGGCAUACCUCAAAUUAAUGCCUACGGUUUAUUCGUUAUGACGCUUCGUGAAUCUUCAAACGAAGAAAUCUACAUUGGCAGGCUGAUCCUAGGAGUUCUCCGACAGUGGUUCAAUCACAUGGCUACACCUGUAUCUCAGCGUUCCAUUAUCGAACCAAUGUUGACGCGAUUUACGUACCAGAUGAGCUCCAAAAUUUUGGAAAAGCUCAAUAUUACUAGAAAAUACGAAUACCAACGCGAUUCUUUCGAAUUUAUGAAUUUUGUUUUGAGCGAAGACUUGACCAUAUUGAUGAAUUCUUCGACUUCUGACAUCUAUUCACUCUUCAUUUUCAUGAUGGAUAAAUUAUACGAAUCCAAACUACUCAACGAAGCUGCCCACAUGCUGCUGCGUAAAAAAGAAUUCAAAAUGUACUCGGAAGAAGACGUGUGGUUUAUGUUGAGCGAAGCCUCAGCCAGGUUAAAUAAAGAACUCGAACGUAAAAACUAUGAAAAUCUCAGAGAAGUGUAUAGUUCUUGGAAAGAAUACGGAUUUUUCCCGCUCGUUACCGUUCGCAGAGAUUAUAAUUCGAAUCAAAUCAAUGUCACUCAGGAACCAUUUUUAUACGGUAAUGACGAAUUUAAACUCUUAGAAGUGCAACAAAACGUGUCGUAUUAUCGACCACGUAUGAUACCUGCUGUAAUUAGUCAUCCUAAUAAUUACUUUACUAAGAAUGAAUUUCUCGGUUGGAUGUCGAAUAAUAACCACAGCUUUCAUUCUAAGUUCAUGGAUAGCUACGACUUUAUCGUUUUCAAUCCUUCCUAUAUCGGAUUUUUUGUCACAAAUUACGAUCAACGUAACUGGCAAAUGAUACUGGAAAAUUUCAAUUCUUUGCCAACACCUUACAAAUUGCAAUUAUUAUUCGAUUCGAUGAUCUUGGCCAAUAUGGGCAAAUUGGAGUACACGUUUUUCCUCAAUAUGUCUUUAUCUUUGAAUGCCAAUGAACGUGAUUUUCCAUUAUGGACCACAUAUCAUAAUAUUGUUACUCAUCUUAUUCGCAAAUUACACGGAGAAGUUGGUAGAAAAUUCCAAGAAUAUGUGUACCGUCAAAUGUUGACAUGGUUCAAUAAAAUUUCUACAUCACAUUUUAAUUCGUACUCUAAAAAUGAAAAAGAAUACAUUGAAAAAUCCAAAAAAGAAAUUAAAUAUCAUUUGACCUGUUUGAGAAGUCGAGCCGCUUGUUUCACCUUAUGGGAGUACGAAAUACUCAUGUUCGAAGUCAGAACAGGAAAAAGUUUAACUGGAGAACACAACUGUGCCAUAAUAAGAGGUGUUUCGGUACCUGAUUGGGAGAUUAUUGCAAAUGCCUUAUUCCACGCUUUGCAAAAUAACGCUACUAAUCAGAAAGAACAGGUAUUAAGGGUAUUGGCCUGCACCGAAAAUUCGAUCUCCUUUGAAACGCUCAUGAAUUUGGUGUACUUGAACUUCAACGAUGGAUUUUCUAUUGAUCAAGAUGAUCAGGAAUUGGUUUUGGAUGUUUUGAUGGACAAUGUUGAUUUCAAAUUGUUGAUGCCGUUUGUAAAUAAGAAUUUCUACGUUCUCAAGGAAAGGCUAAACGAUGAAGUGUGGACACAACUGAUCCGAGUACUCAUUACAGUAACAAAAACAGCCACCGAAUCGAAAGAAUUGUUUGAUUUUUACAACAAAUACGCUGGUCAAUUCGGCAUCGCUCAUGAAAUUAUGAGAGAGGGUUUAGUCAUCGUUUCGAAACGAGUCAGAAGAGACGAAGAAAUUUAUCCAGUCCUCGACAACUGGUUAAAUUUUGCUAUUAAUAAAUUUGAAGCCUUUGAAUAAUUUUAGUCACACUUGCAUCCUACUUAUUUUGUAUCACUAAUUAUUAAAUAAAAUAAAAAAUUUAUACAUUUUGUUAA